UCUAUAUAUUUGUGCAGUUUAUCCCAUAUCUUUUCAGACGUUGUCCCGAUUCUCACCAGUACCGUCAUCGAAUGCCAAAGGGUUGGCCUGAAGACUGCCAGUUUUACCUACGCCUCCAUGCUUCUGCGUCCAGAGUACAGAGAGAAGAUCGACCAGAAGUACCGAAGGAAGUUUGAGGGCAUUGUUCGGCGGCCGGAAAAACAGACACCAGAAGAACUGGAGAUCCUCCGUUCCUCUUCUCCUUGCCCCUUCUGUUCAGCGGAUCUAGGCGACUAUGAUCUGAACUGUGCAUCUUGUCGCAACAACGUGUCUUAUUGUGCCUUGACGGGCAAACACGUCAUCAAGACUGACCUAACGUUAUGCCCUAACUGUGAUUUCCCAAUAACCUAUUCGGAUUUGAUGACGUGA